AUGGCAACAAGAAGUAGAACACUGCUGUUUCUUCAAUACAGAAACUCAUAUGCGAGAACACAAGGUUCUGCUCCUCAUUUCUCUGCUGGUUUAUCCGAAACAGAGGGUCUGAUAGAGAGCUCGGAUAACGUAAUAGAAAUGUCGGUGUUGCCUCCCAAGUGGGUGGAUAUCGUGGAUGAAGUAGAUGAAACGCUGGACGUAGUCAAAGAUAAAAUCACCAAGCUGGAAGGCAUGCAUCGGAAACAUUUAUUGCCUGGAUUUGAUGAUAGAACAUCAGACGAAGCAGCCAUCAACAACCUCACACAGCAAAUUACAGAUGAAUUUUAUCGCAUUAAGCGUGAUAUCCAGCGCAUUCGAGUAGGCGCUAACGAUUCAGAUCAAGACGACAUGCUAGCAAGGAACAUCCAAACCAGUUUAGCCACCAAAGUGCAGGAUGUAUCUUCUAGUUUCAGAAAACAGCAAUCUUCAUAUUUACAGAAAAUGCAGGGCCAAGAAAAUCGUAAAGCUGACAUUCUAGGCUUGGAAAAUGAUCUCAGUAAUGAAGCAGCCGAAUUGCUGCUGGAUGAAGAUGCCCAAGUAGGCUUUACCGAAUCACAAUUGGCAGUGCUGGAAUCCAACAAUGAGAUGAUUGAUCAAAGAGAACGGGAAGUCAAUCAGAUUGCAAAAUCGAUACAUCAAUUGGCCGAGAUAUUUAGAGAUUUACAGACGCUGGUGAUUGACCAAGGCUCCAUGCUGGAUAGAAUUGAUUACAAUAUCGAGCAAACUAAUGUGCAAGUCAAGGAAGCAGUGAUCCAAUUAGACAAGGGCGCUCACUAUCAAAACAAGACACGGAAGCGAAAAUUGAUGCUGCUGCUAAUUCUGAUCAUUAUGCUGCUGAUUGUUAUAUUAAUUGUAAAGCCCAAGAGACGAUGA